GGCGCCAGGACCAGACUCGGGCUCCCGCCGGUCCGCGCUGCCCCGCAGCGGGAGCCCGCAGGCGCGGAAAGGCCGCGCCUCACCUCCAGGGUACCCUCAGAGGCCAGAAGAGGGUGUCGGCCCCCUGUAACUGGAGCUUGACCGUCGUGAGCUGCCCCAUCUUCAACAUGGCAGACGACGAUCCUUUCGGAACUGGGCAAAUGUUUCAUUUGAAUACUGCUUUGACUCACUCCAUAUUUAAUGCAGAAUUAUAUUCAACAGAUAUACCACUGUCAACGGAUGGCCCAUACCUUCAAAUACUAGAGCAACCGAAACAGAGGGGAUUUCGAUUCCGCUAUGUGUGCGAAGGCCCGUCCCACGGAGGGCUUCCUGGUGCCUCUAGUGAGAAGAACAAGAAAUCUUACCCACAGGUCAAAAUUUGCAACUAUGUGGGGCCUGCAAAGGUUAUCGUUCAGUUGGUCACAAAUGGAAAAAAUAUUCACCUGCACGCCCACAGCCUGGUGGGCAAGCACUGUGAGGACGGCAUAUGCACCGUGACAGCAGGACCCAAGGACAUGGUGGUUGGCUUUGCAAACCUGGGAAUACUUCAUGUGACUAAGAAAAAGGUAUUCGAAACACUGGAAGCACGGAUGACAGAGGCGUGUAUAAGGGGCUAUAACCCUGGACUUCUGGUGCAUUCUGACCUUGCCUAUCUACAGGCAGAAGGCGGAGGAGACCGGCAACUCACAGACAGAGAGAAGGAGAUCAUCCGCCAGGCAGCUCUGCAGCAGACCAAGGAGAUGGACCUGAGUGUGGUGCGCCUCAUGUUCACAGCCUUCCUCCCCGACAGCACGGGCAGCUUCACGCGGAGACUGGAGCCUGUGGUGUCAGACGCCAUCUAUGACAGCAAAGCCCCCAACGCGUCCAACCUGAAGAUCGUGAGAAUGGACAGAACAGCAGGCUGCGUGACAGGAGGGGAAGAAAUUUAUCUUCUCUGUGACAAGGUCCAGAAAGAUGACAUCCAGAUUCGGUUUUAUGAAGAGGAAGAAAAUGGUGGAGUUUGGGAAGGAUUUGGGGACUUUUCCCCAACGGAUGUUCACAGACAGUUUGCCAUUGUCUUCAAAACACCGAAGUAUAAGGAUGUCAACAUUACAAAGCCAGCUUCCGUGUUUGUUCAGCUUCGGAGAAAAUCAGAUUUGGAAACUAGUGAACCGAAACCCUUUCUCUACUACCCCGAAAUCAAAGACAAGGAGGAAGUACAGAGGAAACGCCAGAAGCUCAUGCCCAACUUCUCCGACAGUUUCGGCGGCGGCAGUGGAGCGGGAGCGGGUGGCGGAGGCAUGUUCGGUAGUGGCGGUGGCGGCGGAGGGAAUACCGGAAGUCCUGGCCCAGGGUAUGGCUUCCCGCACUAUGGAUUUCCUGCUUACGGUGGGAUUGCGUUCCAUCCCGGAGCCACUAAAUCCAACACAGGCAUCACCCAUGGCACCACAAACACCAAAUUUAAAAAUGAGCCUAGAGAUUGUGCCGAGAGUGACGACAGGGAGAUUCUGAAUCCCCCUGAGAAAGAAACACAAGGUGAGGGGCCCAGCCUGUUCAUGGCCAGCACCAAGACCGAAGCAAUUGCCCCAGCAUCCACCAUGGAAGACAAGGAAGAGGAUGUGGGGUUUCAGGAUAACCUCUUUCUUGAGAAGGCGCUGCAGCUCGCCAAGCGGCAUGCCAACGCCCUCUUUGACUACGCGGUUACGGGAGAUGUGAAGAUGCUGCUGGCGGUACAGCGCCAUCUCACCGCGGUGCAGGAUGAGAACGGGGACAGUGUCCUACACUUAGCCAUCAUCCACCUUCAUGCUCAGCUCGUGAGGGAUCUUUUAGAAGUGACAUCUGGUUCGAUCUCUGAUGACAUCAUCAACAUGAGAAACGAUCUGUAUCAGACACCUUUGCACUUGGCCGUGAUCACCAAGCAGGAAGAUGUGGUGGAGGACUUGCUGAGGGUUGGGGCUGACCUGAGUCUUCUGGACCGUUGGGGCAACUCUGUCCUGCACCUAGCUGCCAAAGAAGGACAGGAUAAAGUCCUCGGGGUCCUCCUCAAGAGCAGCAAGGCAGCACUCCUCAUCAACCACCCCAACGGCGAAGGUCUGAAUGCCAUUCACAUAGCUGUGAUGAGCAACAGCCUGUCAUGUCUGCAGCUGCUUGUGGCUGCUGGGGCAGAAGUCAACGCUCAGGAGCAGAAGUCUGGGCGCACGGCACUGCACCUGGCCGUGGAGUACGACAACAUCUCGUUGGCCGGCUGCCUGCUUCUGGAGGGUGACGCCCUCGUGGACAGCACCACCUACGAUGGAACGACACCUCUACACAUAGCGGCUGGAAGAGGGUCCACCAGGCUGGCAGCUCUUCUCAAAGCAGCAGGAGCAGACCCCCUGGUGGAGAACUUUGAGCCUCUCUAUGACCUGGACGACUCUUGGGAGAAGGCUGGAGAAGAUGAGGGAGUAGUGCCAGGCACCACACCCCUGGACAUGGCUGCCAACUGGCAGGUAUUUGACAUACUAAAUGGGAAACCAUAUGAGCCAGUGUUCACAUCUGAUGACAUACUCCCACAAGGGGACAUGAAGCAGCUGACAGAAGACACGAGGCUGCAACUCUGCAAGCUCUUGGAAAUUCCUGAUCCCGACAAGAACUGGGCCACUCUGGCGCAGAAGUUAGGUCUGGGGAUAUUGAACAAUGCCUUCCGGCUGAGUCCCGCCCCUUCUAAAACUCUUAUGGACAACUAUGAGGUCUCUGGGGGGACCGUCAAAGAGCUGGUGGAGGCCCUGCGACAGAUGGGCUACACAGAGGCCAUUGAAGUGAUCCAGGCAGCCUUCCGCACCCCGGAAACCACAGCCUCCAGCCCCGUGACCACUGCUCAGGCCCACUUGCUGCCUCUCUCGUCCUCCUCCACAAGACAGCACAUAGAUGAGCUCCGAGAUAAUGACAGCGUGUGUGACAGUGGUGUGGAGACGUCCUUCCGCAAACUCAGCUUCUCGGAGUCCCUCACUGGAGACGGCCCACUGCUAUCUCUGAACAAAAUGCCUCACAAUUAUGGGCAGGAAGGACCUAUAGAAGGCAAAAUUUAGCCUGCUGGCGGUUCCCCACACUGUAACCAAAGCCCUGAAAGGCCAUCAUAUCGUUCCGAAGGAGCAGGCAAAAAACGCAUCCCAAGGUGCUGGAAGGUCACCGGCCUGCAGGGUCAAUCUUGAUGUCAUUCGAGGCCUUCCGAAUUUGGCUUCCUUUCUUGGUUCUGAAAUGAAAUUUAGUUGUCAUAUACAGAUGGUGUCUAGCAAUCACGGCUGCACUCGGCUACACUCGGUGUGGCUUGGGGUAUGGUGGCUUGAGCUUUUCCAGCUGCUAUUGGAUUACACUUGCUUCGUGUUGUCACUGCUGUCCCUCUGCUGGGUCCCCGCUGUCAUUAAGGUAUCGCAGUCCCCACCUGGUGUUCUUUCUAGCCAUCUACAGUACAGUCACGCACUCAAAUUAAGAUUAAGGAAAAAGAUAUUUUUUAAGUGAGUAAUACUUCAUGCGCAAUAAAAAAAAGACAUGGCUUUUUCUAAUGUGGUUUAUCUGUGAUUUAAAAAAAAAAACACAUGAACUUAACAAUAUUUAAAACCUGCUACAAUCAGUGCUGAUAAUAGUAUUUCCCCCCCCCUUUCUGCAUUUUACUAUUGUAAAUAUGUUUUCUAAAUCAAAUACUUUAAAAGAAGAAAUGUCGGAUUUAUAAAUGCUAUUUUUUAUUUUACUUUUAUAAUAAAAGUACAAGCACACUGUUGACCUCA